AUGUAUGAAAUAUGUUUCCACGCAGAGAAUGUUGCCUCUGGCGCAGAAGCUCAAAGCUCUAACGCCACUAAGUUGCCACCUGCAAUUGGGGGGAAGGGAAGGCCAGUACACUCCACCGUCAGUCCCCGACAGUCGGUUGAGGAGAACGUGAAGCCGCCUGUCAGCGAUGUCCUGAAACCAGGAGCACAGACCUCCUUGACGUCUCCAUAUCCCUUCCUGCUAAAAUCUCCUGUGGCGCCAUUUUUCCCCGAGCCUUUUGUGCCGGACGAAGUAAAACCGCAGAGAACCUCUCAAAAGCCGGACGCCGGCAGCACCUGUACCCCCGCACCCCUGGAGUCUCCCUCCCCCAUCUGGACCCAGCCGUCGCCCGCUGCCACCUCCACGCCCCGGCCCGAGCUUGCCGAACCUACCACGCCCGCCACGGACGCCAAGGCGGAGACCAGGAAGAGUCUGGUACCUGGAGGAAGAGGGGAAACAGGCCCCACCCAGCCCCAGAGCAGGGGGGCCAAACCAGGGGCCCCAGGCAGCAGCUCGACCACUUGCCGAAACGGCACCCCCAGAAAAGAAGGCCGCGCCCCUGAUCCCGGCCUGCUGACCCCGCCCUCCACCCCGCCCCCGGCCCCGCCAGACGAGGAGCCCGCCACCUUCCUGUCAGGGAAGCGGGAGGUCCCCCGAGAGGCGGAGCCCGAGGCCACGCCCGAACCCGCGGAACCCCAGCCGGAGGCGCGCAUGUCCUUCCUCGAAAGCGUGGACGAGAUCCCCUUCGCCGACGACGAGGAGGAGGAGGAAGACGGGGAAGAGGAGGAGGAGGAUUCCCGCAAAAAGCUUACGCUGCGCGCCAAUGACCAAGCGUUCUUUAGCCCGCCCUCCCUCCACACCUCGGAUAGCCGCGAGACCCGGGGCGUGGCCGGGGGCGUGGCCUCUGGCGUGACCGGGGCGGCGGCCAAGGGCGUGGCGGAGGAGCGCAUCCGCGCGUGGGGGCAGUCGGUGAAGAGCCAGGCCCUGCGCGACGCCGUGGAGCAACAGCUACGCAAGAUGAAGGAAGCCGACGCCCCCAAGCGCGAACCCGCCACGGUGCCCUGGAGCCUCUCCUCCGAGGAUUCUGGGAAAGGCAAAGCCGCGCCGGUGGCCGGCUCGCCGGCGAGGGAGACGCGGAAACAGGCGGGGGCGUCGCCAGAGAGGGUGGUCCCUGCCCCGGGGGGUGGGCGGAGCCUGGGAGGGUCGGCGGACUCCUCGGGCAGCUCGGCGGGGGGCAAGAACGAAAAACGCUCCGCCCUCUUUCCCCCGCACAAAAGCAAGGAGAAGAAGGGGAAGGCGGAGCCGGGGGAAACCCCGCCCAAAAACAGCUCUGUCUGGAAGGCCGUCUUCUCAGGUUACCGGAAAGACAGGAAGAAAAAUGACCAAUCAGACUGCGGCUUAGCCUCCGUUAAUGAGACCACCGACUUGGCCAAUGACAGCUCGCUGCUCGGCCAGUCCUCAGACCUGGUCUUGCAGAAGAACGUGUGUGUGUCGGAAGACUCUGAUCCUUCCUGCGACGAUGUGCUGGAAAGCUCCUCCCCGUCAAACGCCGAUUCUGUGUACGUUCCUCACGCGUUGGCGUUCAGGAGAGUGUACGGCGUGAAGAGAAAGGCCGUGAGAAAAAAAAAGCGGGGCGCGUUGCCGGCGAGUUCGCGGGAGUCUUCGUGCCCCACGGAGGUGGUCGGAGUGCUGGUGGCUGUCAACGAACCCUCUAGUCUAAGUUACUCUGAAACGAUAUUUCAGAAAGCGUACACCGAGGAAGAGCUGAACGCCAAACUGACGCGGAGAGUGCAGAAGGCCGCCCGGCAACAGGCCAAACGGGAGGAGCUCAAGAGGCUGCACAGGGCCCAGAUAAUCCAGAGGCAGCUGGAGCAGGUGGAGGAGAAGCAGAAACAUCUGGAGGAGAAGGGCGUGGCCGUAGAGAAGGCACUGCGUGGGGAAGCAGACUAUUGGGGAGACUCUAAAUACAGUGAAAUCUUCGACUUGCAUCUGGGCGGCAUGGGAAAGGAGGAUGACCCGCGGCUGAUGCAGGAGUGGUUCACUCUGGUUCAGGAGAAGAACUCGCUGGUGCGCUACGAGUCUGAGCUGAUGAUAUUUGCACGAGAGCUGGAGCUGGAGGAUCGGCAGAGUCGUUUACAGCAGGAACUGAGGGAGCGCAUGGCUGUGGAUGACCACCUGAAGACGGAGGCGGAGCUGGUGGAGGAGAAGCGGAUCCUGAGCGAGAUGCUGGAGGUGGUGGAGCAGCGCGACGCGCUGGUGGCCCUGCUGGAGGAGCAGCGGCUCAGGGAGAAGGCCGAGGACGAGGACCUGGAGGCCGUCAUGCUGUCCAAGGGCCACUGCCUCACCUGGGCCUGAGGCCUGCACCGCCCAGCCCCCGCCCCUCCGGACCAGGCCACGCCCCCACUCCCGCCCCCCUUUCUCACCCUGUGCUGCCUUUUAUUCUCCAAACUGAGAGUUUACAUGCUGCCUACGCUCUGAGCAAGAGCACCGGAAACACCGCUUCCCUCAGGAAGUCUUCAGGAAGUUGUGUUGGCUUUUUUAGUCUUACUAUUACAGUUUUUAUAUUGUUUUUAUCUUCAUAGCUUGGUGGAACGGGAUGAAGGUUAAAGUCCUGCUGAUAUUGGGUAAAUGUGCACCGGGCCUGUUUUAUAUAUAAAAGUUAAGGAAACGGCAGCAAGUCCAUUUCAAAUGAGUGACUUGUUAGCCAAUGAGGAGGAGGUACACAUGUCUUUGAGGCACAGAGCCCCUUUUUUUAACGUUUUUUUUAAACGUUUUACACAAAGGCUGUGAGCAUUAAGUGUCUUGAAUGAAGAGAAGCUCACAGUGGGAAUGUUUUUGGACUAAAUUCCCUUCUCCCAAAUCUUACAUAUCUUCAUCACAAUGGCUGUUUAGCUGCUCUCAUUCAAGAUUGUGUGUAUGGUAGUCUUAAGAGUGGAAGUGCAUCGCUGACUAGGAGCUGUGUGACCAUUAUUUAUUGAUGUGUGAAAAGAAAGUGUGUAUGCAAAAAAAACUGUUAUAUUGCAGAUUGUUCUUUGAGGUGCUUAAUGUACCCAGAUUGCACAGAGAUGUUGGAUGAAUGGGCAAUAAAGCAAUGCAGUUGUUAUUUUUAA